GAAAACAAAACUGGCCUCUUUAUUUGACUAACACCUAAUCUAAAGGUGGUUUACAUAACCCCCCUCCCUAACAUUUCUAUACAGGAAAGGAGCAUUUGACGGUUAGUGGUAUCAAAAUUCGAAGUUUUAAAGACUUCGAACUUUAGAUGUUACAACCGCAAGCCCAAAAGCUACACGCUUCCCUCCUAAAACUCGGCCACCAUGGCGAUGUCUAUCGCUGCAACCUCAUCCUGAACUCCUACAUCAAUGCAGGCUCUUUACCCAUUGCCCAUCAAUUCCUUUCUUCAAUCCCUUCACCCAACGUCGUCUCCUUCAACACUCUCCUCUCUGGCCACUUCAAAUACCGCCAACCUCACAAUGCACUCACCCUGUUUGUCAAAAUGCCUCAACGAGACUCCCGGUCUUAUAAUAUCGCCAUCUCUGGCCUCUGGAAAAAACAAUUACAUCGAGAAGCCAUCGAACUUUUUAUUCGCAUGUUGCGCAGUCCGACUAGACCCGAUAGAUUCACUUACUCUUCGGUGAUUUUGUGUUGCGGGUCUGGUAUCGCGAGGCAAAUGCAUGCCCAAGUGAUUAAAGUUUAUGGAAAUUCACGUGAUGAUAUGUUUGUUGCGAAUAAUCUUGUGAAGAUGUAUUGUGAAUCAGGAGCGGUUGAGGAUGGGAGAAAAGUGUUUUCGGAGAUGCCCGUUAGAGAUUGUGCGUCAUGGAACGUUAUGAUGUCUUGUUAUGUUAAGAUUGGAAAGGGGGAGUUUUGUCUGAGCUUGUUUAUAGAGAUGGUUAGAAAUGGAGUUGGACUUGAUGAGUUCACUUUGGCUAUCGUUUUGAGUGAGUUUGCUAAUUGCUUGCUAAUUUUCGGAGGGUUGCAAGUGCAUUGUUUGAUUGUGAAAACAGGGUUUUGUUGGGAUCAGUUCACUUGCAAUGCAUUGUUGAAUUUAUAUUCCAAGUGUGGAUACAAUGUAUUGGCAACUAAACUCUUUGAAGAGAUGCCUGAAACUGAUGCGGUUUCCUGGACUGCAUUGAUAAUGGGGCUAGCAUCGAGUGGCCUUGUGAAUGAUGCUUUCGACGCUUUCUAUUGGAUGCGGGUUUCACAAGUGAAUCCUAAUUCUUCUACUUUUGGUAGUCUGAUUGGCUCUUGUGCUAGUGCAAAUGCAAUUGAAAGGGGCAAACAAUAUCAUGCCCUAGCUAUAAAGUAUAAUUUAGAACUUGAAACUGUUGUGGGAAGCGCAAUUGUUGAUAUGUACUCAAAGUCUGGUGCGAUGAACGAAGCAAUGAAGCUCUUCAUGAGCUUGCCGAUAAGAGACCUAAUUUCUUGGAAUGGUAUGAUAUGUGGGCUAGCUCAUAAUGGAGAAGCUACAAAGGCUUUAGAUAUUUUCGAUGAGAUGGUUAGAUUGCAUCAGGGUACUGUAACCCCGAACAAUAUCACCUUUGUUGGUGUUUUGACUGCAUGUAGUCAUGGUGGAUUAGUUCAUAGGGGUUUUUUGUACUUCAAUGAUAUGGUACACAAAUAUCUUAUUAAGCCUCAAGCUGAACAUUAUGCUUGUAUUAUUGAUCUAUUGGCUCGAGCUGGACAGUUAGAACAAGCAGAGACUCUUAUUCGUUCUCUGCCUUUUGAACCUGAUGUUGUUAUGUUAAGUGCUUUGCUAGGAGCUUGUAGAAAACACGGGGAUUUAGUUAUGGCAAAGAGAAUUGCACAACAGCUUGCUACAAGUGAGCCGAAGAGUUCUUCUAGUUAUGUGAUGCUUGCUAAUAUGUAUUCUGAUGAGGGGGAGUGGAUUGAUGCGAUGGAUGUUAGGGAAAUGAUGUGUGAGACUGUGGCUUCGAAAGUUGCAGCAAGUAGCUGGAUUGAAACUAGAGGUAGCACACAUUCUUUUGCUUCGGGUCAUGCUCAUCAUACAUAGCAGAAACUGACCUGUGAAGUUCUGCAGAGACUGCGGUUGGCAAUGAUUGAUGAGAGGUAUAAGUGUGGUAGUCAAUAAUUUUGGAGAGUAGAUGAUAGUAGACUUGGGAUUUAAAAUGUCUUUAGAAAGCAAUGCAGACGAAGUCAUGUCACAUUGUUCAAUAUCAUAAUUUCAAGCCUGUUAUGUGGCUGCCUCUGGAACAAAUCCUUGAUACAAGUUCGUUGGUAGCAAUAUGCAGAACAUGGCAGGUUCAGCAGCUUGUUACUCCAAAUGUCAUUGAAUUCUGAUCAUUCAGUGUCAGGAAAGAGUAACAGAUCAACUGUGGGAAUUACUAGCUGAAGCAUAAGUAGUGUACAAAAUGCGGAAGUUUUGGGAUGCAAGAAGCUUGUUUCUUCUUGAUAAUCUAUGAAUGAUAAUUUUCUGCUGAAUUCAUGUCAAAUCCAGGCCAAGCUGAUGUGCAAUCAGGGAGUUGAUAUCAACAAAUUUGUUAUUCGAGUAUAUUCAGCAUAGAUGAAGAGUUCUUGCUCUCUGUUAACUCCCCUUUCAUAAUACACAGCAAAAGACUUGCAGGAAUCAGAAUAUCUCACAUGUUUUCAGGGAAAUAAUAAAGGAGUUUAUGAAGGUGGGAAAUGUGAAAGUCAUGUUAGCUUCAUCAGAUGUCUUGGCCGGUACAGAAGGCUGGCAUGCAUUGAAGGAAAAGGAGAAGGCCAUCUCAAGUAACAGAUUAUCAAUUUUCAACAAUAAAAUUACUCAGCAGAAAACCUGCAGAAAUCUGAGUGUCGCACAUGUUUUUAGGGAAAUAAUGAAGCUCUUGAAGAAGGUGGAAAAUGUGGCAACCAUCUCAAGGUUCUAUUUCUUUCUACUUGUUUUAUCAUGUUGUUAGCUUGUACUGAAGACAAGGUUUGAAGUAAUCACAUGGAGGAAACAAAUUAUUAAUUUUCCAACAAGAAUUUAUUUAGGUUUGGAAAUUAUUUUCCAAAAUUUCAUGUGUCUACAUGUGCUACCUUUGACUUUUAACACUACAUAUUAGUUAGAAAGCAGUGAAUUUUGCAUCGAGAAUAUCAUUAUAUGAGAAAUAAAAGAAUCAUAAAGAAGUCGUAAAGCUCUUGCAUGUGACCUCGAGGAUUGAUGCCUACUUGUUUCAGUGAUUUUUUGUAUGAUAUGCAGGACACUUUCCCAAUCCAAAAGUUAGUCUGUUUAGAACCAGAAGAAUUUAUGCCCACAGCUUAGGACCUGAAUAUAGCCGAUCCAUUAUUGUUCAAUUUUGGCUGACUUAACUGACUCUUUUUAAUGUUAGUCUUUAGUCAUCCGAGAAACUGCAUGUACACAAAAUGUCGUGUUCCAAUAAAAAACUUAAGGUACAGGAGUUUUGCUUAACAUUCAACAUUUUGUUACUCUAGAAUAUUGACAGCUGAGCACAACCAUUUUUAUUUAUUUCUUACUGGAAACACACUCCUCAGUAAUUCCUUACUGUUGCUACGAGAAAAUCUGCGAAUAAACAAUCAUAGCUUUAAUGAAUCUGAAUGGGGAUUUUGUGGAAGUAUUCUUAAGUAUCACAAUCCCUUUAUUACAGAAAGAUAUUGUCAGUCGCACAAUAUAUCAUGUUGUAAAGUUGGCUAUGCGUUGUUUGUUAUAUACCUUCUCUAUGUUCUUAUACUGACUUUGCAUCUAUAAGGCAUUUGUUGUAUUCUUAUUAAUUUGCCAUAUUUUUCUAGCAGGACAUCCUCUAAGACUCUUCAUUUGCCUUUCACAGUUGUGUCUGUUUGGGUGGAAAGUUGAUAUUUCCAUUGUGCAACUUAUUACAGCUUUAGUCGUUACAAUAAAUUUAAAAGUCUGAUUUUUUUAUAAGA